GGGUUCUUCUGGCGAUAUUCGUCUCGAGCUUUCUCCUGAUCCGCCCAUUCAAACUCGAUCGGUUUAUGCCGCGGCAGAAUCCCUCAAGACCUCGUAGCCUGAUCGCCAAACACAAGACUCAUUUUAACAACAGAACGAACAACGAACCUGUCGGAAGAUCGAGCACUAGCAACAAUCUAUCGCCUCAAGAACUGGAACAAAUAAUCACUCGGGCAUUAAUUUCCCAGAACGAUGCAGGCAGUUCCGACUUCAGUGCAGUCUCACCACCAGCAGAUUCCGUCUCCGUCAUCAACAACGGAAAUGAGGUUAAUGAGAAGCAUCACGUGGUUUUUUCCAAAGUGCACAAGGCGGCAAGCACAACUGUCCAAAACGUUUUCCUUCGGUUCGCAAUAUCCCACGACCUGAACGUGAUGUUGGACCGUAGUGGGGAGCACAUUAAUGAGGGUGGAUCUCUCAUUACCGAGAGCAACUUGUACCCUCUUCCUCUAGGCCACACCCACGAUAUCUUAUGUAACCACCUCAUAUUCAACAGCACGGAAAUAUCGCGUUUCUUCCCAAAUGAUACGGUUUAUAUUGGGAUUUUGAGAAAACCUUUCGAGCAAUUCCUGUCUACUUUCGUUUACUACGCUGGUGUUUUUAAGAAGCCACCCCUCUCAAAACUUAUUAAAAAGUUCCCCGAAAAUCCAGUUGAAUCUUUUCUGAUAGAUUCUGAGAGCUAUGUUAAUAAGGUAAAUCCAGCCAAAGACUUUUUAAACAAUCGAAUGAGUAUGGACUUAGGUUUCCCGCUCAACAACUUUGAACUUGCCAAAGUGAACCAGUCUCUGAUCCAACAAUUUCUCGGUGACGUUCAGUCGACAUUUGACUUGAUCCUCAUAGCCGAACAGUUUGAGGAGUCGAUGGUCUUGCUACGCCGCUUCCUUGGCUGGAGCACAAAGGACAUCCUAUAUGUAAAAAGAAAUGUGUUCACCUCGGAAGACGAAAGUCUCUCCCGAAUUAAAAAAAGAAAUUAUUCCUCAGAGGUGAUGCAACUCUUCUCAUCAUGGGCCGCAAUUGACAUCGCUCUUUAUGAUCACUUUGUGGAAUUUUUUAACGAGCGGAUAAAAAAACAGCCGGGAAAUUUUCAUGAAGAAGUGAUUCAAUUCAAAGAGGUAAGGGAGCAAGUGGAUACGUUUUGUUCGUUCGUCCGGUCAAGCCAUCUUGUCUCUUCCUCUAAGUCUAAGUACUUCCCCUCCACAAACUUCACCACUGCCUUCACCGUCACCUCUUACGACUGUAUUUUGAUGACUCUGGAAGAGAUGGAUUUUAUGGCUGUAGCAAAAUUUCUUCGCCAGAUAAAACUCAACAAAGCAAGACGCCGUCAACAUGGGGGAAAAAGAAAGAUCCCACAAUCCAACAAAGCAAAGACUUGA